UAACCUACUCAUCUUCUCAUCUCUUAUUCCUAUUAUACCCUCACAUGCGCUCUCUACUCCAUCUUCUACAAGCCCAAUCUAGUAACUUCAUACAUCCAAAAAUAGUCUCACAAACUUAAAACCUAUAUAAAACACACAUCAAAGAUCCCCAUAUUCACAAACCCUCAUCUCAUCAAAUCAAAUCAAAAACCAAAUGUCGUCUCAAGAAACCAUAUCAAAACAAAGAGAAGGAGCUGAGAUCUUCAACGGAGGAUCAACCUGCAAGCAAAAAGCAAACGAGAUCUUAUCGACCAUGAAUCUUCCCAAAGGACUUCUCCCUUUGGACAACAUGACAGAGAUCGGUCACAACAAAACAACCGGUUACAUCUGGAUCAAGAUUAACAAGAGCGUUCAGCAUCGGUUCAAGGCGAUCGGUAGAAACGUGUCGUAUGACUCGGAGGUCACUGCGUUCGUUGAGAAUCGUCGGAUGCGUGGUCUUACGGGGAUCAAGAGCAAAGAGCUUUUGCUUUGGGUUACCAUCUCUGAGAUCUUUGUUAAUGAUCAAGACCAAACUAAGAUUACUUUUGCUAAUCCGACGGGACUGUCACGUACGUUCCCUGUCACUGCUUUUGAGGAUGAAGAGAAGUGAUUUGUCAACGGUCUUGAACUCUGCUUUGAUUAGCCAUGUGUUUGUUCCUUCUCUUUGCUUAGCUAUAUGUAUUGUUUAUCUGCGUCUUUCCAGUUAUAAUAAUGAUAAAA